UAUAUCGAGUUGUGGACGUCGUUUCGGAGAGGAGUCCGCUGUCACCGCUAGCAGCAGUGAAAUAGGGUUCUGUUUGAAACAAGCCAUGUUGGUGACAUGGGACAUCCUCUCUGGGAACGUUUCUUCGUCAACGUGGAAGACUUCCAUCCUCAUCUACUGGUUCAUGCUGGUCGUGUUCUUCACCAAUCAGCAGGUUUCAGCAGAGGUGUUUACCAACUCGUUCCUUGUCAGGCUCCAUGGGGAACCAGGCAACGAGGUAGCCCACCGGGUAGCCUCAAGGAACGGGUUUGAAAAUCUUGGUCCGGAUUGUACGAAGACCUCAAUGCGAGUUUUGAGACUGCAUUGGAAUUGGUGCAAGCCCUACUUAACUGUGAAACAGAGUCAGAUCCUGGGCUCGCCAAAUGAGUUUCACUUUUUAUACCGCGCGCUGCCUCACGCGCGCAGUAAGCGAAGUGUCCCUCACACCCGGCUCCUUAAAGUGGACCCUUUGGUGCAACUAGCCGUACAACAAACUGGCUUUAAGAGGGUAAAACGAGGCUACAAACCUCUGCGGGUUGAAAACCUGGUGCAUCACAUGAGGCCGCAACAUGACCCAACCGACCCCUACUUCCCCUUCCAAUGGUACCUGAAGAACACCGGACAGAACGGUGGCAAGGCGAAACUGGACCUCAACGUAGAAGCAGCCUGGGCUCAGGGAGUUACUGGGAAAAACGUCACAACUGCAAUCAUGGAUGACGGUGUGGACUACAUGCAUUCUGAUCUGAAGUACAACUAUAACGCCAGAGCGAGUUACGACUUCAGCAGUAAUGAUCCGUACCCUUACCCACGCUACACUGACGAUUGGUUUAACAGUCACGGUACGAGGUGUGCAGGAGAGGUGGCUGCUGCCAGGGACAACGGCGUGUGUGGCGUUGGCGUCGCUUACGACUCCAAGAUAGCAGGUAUUCGGAUGUUGGAUCAGCCGUACAUGACAGAUCUGAUUGAAGCCAACUCUAUGGGUCACGAGCCAAAUCUCAUCGACAUAUACAGCGCCUCUUGGGGCCCAACAGAUGACGGGAAGACGGUAGAUGGUCCGAGGAAUGCGACUAUGAGGGCCAUCGUAAGGGGAGUGAACGAGGGACGAAACGGACUGGGUAACAUCUACGUCUGGGCGAGUGGGGACGGCGGUGAGGACGAUGACUGUAACUGUGAUGGCUACGCUGCCAGCAUGUGGACCAUUUCCAUUAACAGCGCAAUUAACGAUGGGCAAAACGCGCACUACGACGAGAGCUGUUCUUCAACUCUCGCUUCUACGUUCAGCAACGGGGCCAAGGACCCGAACACCGGCGUGGCAACCACGGAUCUCUAUGGGAAAUGCACUACAACGCAUUCUGGAACGAGUGCAGCUGCACCAGAAGCAGCUGGAGUAUUUGCGCUAGCUUUAGAAGCAAACCCGCAGUUGAGCUGGAGAGACAUCCAACACUUGACAGUCCUAACAUCAAAACGCAAUUCGCUGUUUGACGCCAAAGGUCGAUUCCACUGGACGAUGAAUGGCGUGGGUCUGGAAUUCAAUCAUUUGUUUGGGUUUGGAGUCCUGGACGCUGGUGCGAUGGUGGCCCUGGCGAAGCAGUGGAAGACUGUUCCAGCCAGGUACCACUGUGAGGGCGGCACGGUCUCGGAGACCCAGGAGAUCCCUUCCAGCCGCUCAGUGCUACUGAAAAUCAACACGAACGCAUGUCAAGGGACCGAGACUCAGGUCAGCUAUCUCGAGCACGUCCAGGCUGUAAUUACUCUGAACGCCACUCGUCGGGGAGACGUGGAACUGUUCCUGACGUCACCAAUGGGGACCAGGUCGAUGAUCCUGAGUAGGAGAGUGAACGACGACGAUCAUCGAGAUGGGUUCACCAAGUGGCCAUUCAUGACGACACAUACAUGGGGCGAAUACCCACAAGGAACAUGGUCACUAGAGGUAAGCUUUAACUCGCAGUCUCCACAAUCAGGAUUCAUCAAGGAAUGGACACUGAUGUUGCACGGGACCCGGGAUCCACCAUACAGCGGCCUUCCCGUGUCAGAUCCACACUCCAAAUUGGCCAUUGUCAAGAAAGCGCACGAAGAAAGAAAUAAAAUGUAAAAUUAAUCUCAUCUCUUCAGCUUCUCUCCCCAUCCAAAGCCACUACACGCCCUCAUUUAAUAUUCUGUUGUUUCUUCUUCAUUUGCUUGACAGAUCUCGAUCUCCCUCUUUCAGUUCCAUAACUUCAGUGCCGUACGUCACAUUAUUUACGUUCAUUAAAGCCCCUCUAUUUGCAAAUUGUUCUACCAGCUCUCAGAAACAGCGUAAGAUUAAUUAUUCUCAAAAACGUACUUUGACAAGGACAGUACAGGGGGUUUCAUCAGUCUUAAAAGCAUUUUUAUAUCUCUAUUAGUCGCGUGUAGAAUCGAUGAAGAUGCUAAUAUACAGGGUGGGUGGGAAGUAAGUAGGCAUUAAAUAAUCGCUUUGCAUUGGAAAUAUAGAGGUUAUAACCAUUCCUCAAUGUACUUACUUACCACCCACCCUAUAUACAAAAUUAUUAACGUAAUAUUCAGAAUUAAUAAAAAUCAUAUUUUAGUUUGUGCUUUAGACGUCGUAGUAAAGUAAUUUGACUCUGUCCUGCUAAAAAAGGGAACAGAAUAAAAUAUUUAGUAUUUUAAUAAAUUAAAUAAUUUCCACGCUAGGCACUUCGAAAAUUGCACAACGUUAAAGUGCGUGUUGGUAAUAAAAAUUUGGGCGGAGGCAGUAGAGUUUUGACUUACUAAUCUUGCAUUCAAAAGCAUAAUUGUUCGAAAUUAUAUCGUAAAUUAAUUUCCGCAUUGUAAAAUUUAAGAGAAAAUUCACUUGCAAUGUUAACUGCAACAGAACUCGGAUUCAAAGGCAGAGGAAUAAAAAGAAUGACGAAAUUGAGCAGAUUUGUUUUAAUUAUUAUAAAAUGCGCUGCGUGAGAACGUUUUAAGUCUCUCUUGACACAGGAGGUAAGAUCAAAAUGUGAAUGAUGACAUAACCUUAAAAUAAGGCAGUUUCUUUUUUUAUGGUGCAAGAUGUACCUGAGGUACUCUAUGUACUUUUAUGAAGUUCGGUUCAAAUAACAAAGGGCUUAGAAUAUCUAUAGGUAAUCAGACGUUCAAACUACACGUGACACUUAAAUUCAAAAUUUCAUUACCUUGUUCGUUACCCGCCACUGGUCCCUAUCAUAAUCCAAGCCACGCGAAUCCAAUUCCAUCCUCCCACUCUACUUCAUAACGCAAUUCGUAAAGUCCCAUUAAAUAAGUUAGUAACCAUGUACUUUUUUUUGGGACAUCCCCUAUAUUAUUAUAUUUUACGAUUAUACCUUUAGUUUUUACAAGAUUAAAAUUAUUUUUAUUUUUUUAAUUGUUUUAAUCUAUUCGUUAAAUGCGUAAAUAAUUUUUCAAGAGAAUCUUUACUAUAAGUGCAAAGUUGUAAAAUAAUAUAUCAAAACUCACGUAACAGGUAACAUGAAUACAUUCUGUAGUAAAUUACAUUAUCUUUUAAAUUCAUAUUUUAUUACGUAAAGCAUGUUGCCUAGAGCACAUAAAUAUAAUUAUUUCUCUUUUUGAGCGAUAUCCAAAUUUGACUUCAAGAAACCCUUCACAUAUGACGUACUUUACGUGGACUUCCAAAAAUCUAUAAUAUCGUAUUCAAAUUAUUGCAGUGGAAAUUAAACUUACGAUUCAAUGGCUCUGCAGCCAUUACAACCACCAAAUAGUGCGACUACAGUUCUUUGCAUUCAGCACAAUUAAUAAUGGCAUAUUUCACUAUAAUUAUUCGCAGAAUAGUUAAUAUUUUAACGUAAGAAUUUUAUGAUUAUAAUAUAAAAGCGUGUGAAGAAAAUAUAAAAUACUUCUGGUUCCAUAAGGUAUGAAGAGGAUUGUGUCUGUCGUUAAAUAAAUAUAAACUAAAAAAAAUAAUUUUUCAAAACCUAUUACUUAAAAAAUAAUAAAAUAUUACAAAUGAUUUAUUCAUAAUAUAAGGAAGCAAUUGAUAUAGAUCCGUUACAGAAUUUCUCUCUAAUUAAUAAAAUAAUAUUACUUGCCGUAUAGUAUUUACAAUGCAUAUUUAAAAACAUGUCGAGAAUUUUUCAUUAUUCAUUUACUGUUAAUACUGAUUAAUUUGGAUAAGUAAUAUUUAACAUAAAUAGGAAACAAUGACAUAAUUUUCGUAAGUACUCACAAGAUUGAAAUUAGAAUGACGUGCAUCUCGGACUCAUCUGCUGCCUGACGGCGUUUUUAUCUUCACGAAACCAACACUUUCAUUCACUAAUUCAUAUAUUAUAUUUAUUGUUUAGUUACGUAGUUUUGAGAUUGCACAUACGAAUUAGUGAUUACCGUUACAGACCCAUUUGUAUCUCCCGUGCUUUGACUUCUAAUUUAAUAGAAACAAUAGAUUGUAAUUUGUGGAAUAUAAUCUUGAGUCUCAGAAUAUUCUAUAAAUUUCUGUAUAGAAGUCUAAUAGGCGAUUUAUAAAUUUAAAAACAUACCCGAAGAAAAUUAUUUGCAGUGAAUUACGUAAAUUAGUCUCAUAAUUGAUAACAACAGUUGAACUAUAUUCGCGUGUUUUCGUAAAACCGAAUAAGUUCAUCGACAAACAUAUCUGAUCAAAGUUUAAGAAGCUGAUUAACCAUAAUAUUUAAUUGUAUGUUACCUGAGUAAGCAUAUAUUUACGAUAACAUCAGAACUCAGACGUGUCCACGCAAGGUAAUACGUAGUUCACGAAUCUAGCACACGCAGCUCACAAAAACAAAUAGCUUGCAUACAUUUUAUCGACUGAGAAUUUAUCUUCCUGCUAGCAGGAUAUGAUAAUAUUGUAACAAUUAAUGUGGUAUCAAUAUUGAGAAGAAUUAUUAAUGUCUCUGAUAACCUUAAAUAUUUUUUUUUAAAUUAGUUUGUAAUGCUAUAUGACACGUAAGAUUGUACUGAAAUCUAUCUAUGCUUGUCCAAUCGAGGAUAUUUUUACCUCUAGAUUUUGAAGGAUCGUUUUGUUCUAAACAUAUGAUAUAUCUGUUUUUACUUGCAUUACAUAAAUAAAGAAAAAUAUAAUUCAGAAGUGUCGAAUAUAAUCGUAGGCACAGCAAACAAUCUGAUGAACAUUUAAAAUUUUAGAUGCGGAUAAGUAAUUUGUAAGUUUCGCAACUACUGCUUAAUUUUUUUUGCUUUAUGAAAAAAUAAUAAUUCUAUUUUAUGAGUUAUAGAGAAAAUCAUUUGCCUAUAAAUAUCUUAUCCCUCGUAAUAUUUAAAGUCCAAUUUAAAUUGGCAGCUUAAAGUAAACAGCGGUAAAGAAAAGUAGUUAUUUAUGUUGUAUUGUUUCUAGUUACAUAUCCUGCAGAUACAUAUAUAUAUAUUCACGUAUAUAACUAAAGUAAAUUAUUUGUCUUAAAUCAAAGAUUGUAUGCAUCACGAAGGGAUCAAUUACAUCUCAAAUAAUUUUAUGAUUAAUUAUAUUUGACAUUAAAAGGAGGUGUUUAUUAGUAUAGUCAUGUUGAAGAAUUUCUUCAUUUUGUAGUUUAAAUUUAAAGUUUCUUAAAUAAUGUGUUUUGAUUUAAAGAUUUAAAGCACAGAAUAAUUAUUUAAAAAAAAGUUAAUUUCUUGUGAUAUCAUAUCAUAGGUAACGUAAUUUAUUCUUUACGUGCGUAUAUUAUUAAAUUAUUAAAAGCCCAUUCAUUGACGGAUAUAUUGGUUCUGGCACUAAACAUAAAAGAGAACUUUAAUUCCAUAAUGCACUCUAGACUAAACAAAUUCCGCUGGUCGGAAUAUUGCUUAAGAAACUCACUUUAAUUUCGAGUGCACAAUUUAAAUUUAAAAAAAAUUAUGUUGGAAAUAUUCGACGUAGAUUAUGUGCACCAUAUAAUGACACAAUUCUGAUGCUACUCAUACCAAUCCAACGCAGUUGUUUUUCACCUGAAAUUCAAUACCUGCAGACAUGACGUUACUCUUUCCAUUAUUUAAAUUCUCUGUCAGAAAGAAUCUAUAACUUUACACGCAACUUCUUAUAUAAUUCAAAGUUUUCUUUAUAUUUUCUAAGACAAUUGUGGUAUAAGCGGUGUACAGGGUUGAUGACAUUUUAUAGUUGCUCUACCAUCUUUGAUUGGACUGUAGAGAUUAGCUUAUCGAUUUUUCCGAAGAGAACGUAAGAGAAAUGUCACUGAUAUAUAUAAACUUUGAUUGAAAUUCUGAUUUUUCUAUUUUGUUUCUUAACUACUAUAUGUAUUAAGGUAUUUAUUAGGACAAAAAAAUGGAUAUUAGUGAAGUGUAAUUCCCUAGAAAUUUGUAAAAUCUGUACUGUACUUGUUAUUUAUAAGCUGUGGUAGUAAACAGAAAAUCCAGUGCAAGAAACACUUGCCUGUCGGCAUGUUUAGUGUUAUUCUGUACGUAAAUUGUUUGGUAGUGAAAUUAUUUUUUUAAGAACAGUAAUAUUAGGUCCUAUUUUUGUUUUUGUAUUAUUUUAAAAAAAUUCUAGGUUAAAAUACAUAACAGAGAAAGGGUUUAUUUUAUUAUAUGUAUACUUACCUUUACAGUAACUUUCACUUUGUGACUCGUUCCGUUAUUCUGUUACAGCUAUCGUAACUUUAUUAGAUUACGAAGUCUUUGACUAUGUACCGCAUAUGUGAUCUAGAAUUUAUUGGAACGUCUGUAGGAUUGUGGAAUAUCGAUCAAGUUUAGAAAAUAGAAAAAAAAUAUUUUCUAAUCCACGAAAUGCUUUGAAUUCCCAAAAUGUAGACCUUUCCUUCAGUGAUGUGGUUUUCUUUUUUAAUCGUAAGCCCUUAACAUGCUAGUUCUUAUCAGUCAGUACCAUUUCAUAUACUUCUAUUUAUCUAUUUCAGAAGAUUAGAAAUGAUCUCUCUAUAUUCAAUAAUUUGUAUGAAAAUUAAAUGUAGCUUUAUUGGGGAGGUUGAAGUAUAAACAAGUAUAAAAUAAAGGACCAUGUAACAUAUA